AUCAUCUGACACUGACAAGUCCUCACAAUCUAUACAAUGAGCCUCCAAAAUACUUCUCAUAAAAGAUUAUCAUGUUGGCAGGACAGUCAGAAGAUUUACAUAAGAGUCCACAACUGGAUUCAGGAGCUCUCAUCUGCAUAUUCUAGUCCAGUUCCCAAAGAUUGGAGGCAAACCAUAUUACUUUUUAUCUUGUGCUUUGUCUUUUCAUCCUUAGCUGGAACUUUUCUUUACAUAUGGUUAUCCCAUUCCUUACAGUAUGAGUCACCACUUGCCUCUGUAUUGGCCCUAACCGUGACCUUACUUAUAUGCAUUGUCCUUAUUCUCCUUCACCCAAUCCGUUGUAUUUUGACCAUCAUCAUUCCCACCCUAGGAACCAAGCAAGGCCGUCGGCUACUGUUAUCCACCUGCUUUAUGUUCAUGGCUCUUAACAUCCUUCCGAAUAUCUUCAUAAACCUCCAGAAUAUUUUCCACAUCAUUAGAUGUAUAUCCCAACACUCUUCAGAAAAGGUGUUAAACUCCACUAGCACCUUCCGAGAUCUGAUGGGUGAAUUGAGGGACAUGGUUAAAGAGACUACAGAUGUGAUGGCAGGGCUCCAGUUGAAGUUUGCUCCACAACUGAACCUCUUAGCGAAUAUAAAUACGUCUGUGGUUUCUAAUCAAAUAUCUGAAGUGGCUAAUAACAUGAAGAAAGACUUUGAAGCUGUGGAAUUGAUUUUUAAGGACCUAAACCUAGUGGUAAAUAGGGUUUUUGCUGGUUGUUUCGUCUGGUAUGUUCUCUUUAAUUCGACCUGGUACUUAAGAAACUAUCUAACUAACAUUAAGUUUGACAACAAAUAUAUUACAAGACAACUGGUUGAGAUAGCCCAGAAAAACAAAAUUACAGACUUGAAUAAUGGCUCCUCACUAAGGUUAAUAAAGUCAACUGGAUUCAAGAUGUCAAGAAAAGAGCUUGGUUCCAUCGUGUUUCGUAUUUUGGUCAUUUUGGUUUUUGCACUGCUUUCUGUGCUCAUCAUAGCCAUGGACCACAUUGUCUUCCAACUUGCUGUAGAGGCUGGCAACUGGGCAGAAAAGCUGCCAUCUAUGCAAGUGACUUUUCAUAUGCACUAUGAAGCACAAGUCUCUAUAAUAACUUUCAGUAAAGAUGUCAUCUCACAUGAUGUAGAACACCAGCUAAACUUUACUUUCUUCCCUGACCACUGUAAACGACCUGCAAGUCCUCCAGAUCCCUACGUCACAGCAUCAAUUGCCUUCCUCUAUUGCAUCUUGUUUGCUGUGGUAUUUUUGGAAACAUAUGCCCAACGCCUGUGCCGCAAGAUUUCUGCCAUGUUCUAUCAGAAAAGAGAAGAAGAAAGAAUUCUAUAUUUGUUUGACCAGAUAGUAAAAAGCUACUAAAGUGCCACACAAUUCUAAUAAAAACAGUAUUAUACAGUGCUCAAAUCAGCAGCUGUAGUGGUGGUGGUGGUGAUAGGGAGGCGGGUGACAGUCAAGCCCUAGAGGCAAUGUUGUGUUUUAUCCAUUGUCAAUGGGGAAAAUGGCAAAAGCUAAGCAAAAAUGUCACUAA